ACAAGAUUUACAGCACAAUAGCAAGACGUAUCACUAGUCGGUUUAUCUGAACGUGGAAAAUCUCAUCCAUCAUCGUGUUUCGAGUGCCGGUGAUUUACAUUGGCGUAUUCCAAGGUAUUGUAGAAUAGAAGCAGGUGGAUUUGAGGGCACCAUCCAAGUACCCGGCGUCACUUUGUCAUCAUUUGUCAUUCAUUGCAGUCGAAAUUAACCAGUACCGUUUUCAUCAGAAAAGCUCAUAGCUCCCCAAAAAUAUUCCAAAAAGCAUCAGAAUGGCAGAACAUGUUCCACAAGAAAGGCCCGAAAAGCCCUGUUGCAAUCCCAAAGUUUAUACAGUGGAAGAACGAAGAAAACUGUUUAUUUCCGACGUGCUCCGAGAUGCCCACGAUCGCAAAAAAUACUCGCCCAUUGCAGGAAAGGUUGUAACUGGCCAGUUUAAUCGCGUAAACACCGUGCAUCCAGCUGUGGAAAAAUGGUUCAAAGCAAUGGAAACCAAAGUGGAAGGCCAGAUCAGUUCCAAGGAGCUUCAGCAGGCUUUCGAGGUGUACCAGGGCAAGCAUUUUUCCGACACUUCCUGCAAAUUUGUCGUCAGGUUGCUUGAUUUGGAUCGGAAUGGUGGUCUGGAUAUCAAAGAAUUCGAAUCGCUCUACCACUGCAUCAGACAGUGGAUAACCGCAUUCAACACAUACGAUCGCGAUAAAUCGGGGUUUCUGGAUGAGACUGAACUGGACUAUGCGUUGAAGCAGCUGGACAUCAACUUUACCGAGCAAUUUCUACGUUUUUUGAUCACCAAGAACAAUCCGAAGGCCAGAAAAAUGUCUUUGGACCAGUUUAUCAUCACCUGCAUCCAGAUCCAGCGGUUCACCGAUGAAUUCAAGAACAGAGACAUCAACUAUUCGGGCAGCAUCAAUAUCAAGUACGACGACUUUUUGGAGAUGAUUCUGAGGUGCCUUUGAAGGGUUUUGAUAUAAAUCUGAUUGGUUGGUUCAUCAGUGUUCAUUGUCGCACUACUUUCAGUACAUGCCUUUAAAGAA